AUGUAUCCUAUUGAUGAGUCGCCUGUGCAAGAGGGUUUGCAAUCUAGCUACUGGAAAAUCGAUUACGGCUCGCCAUUGAAUCCGUACGAAUUUCUAAAUUGUAUGGAUGUCAGCCAAGACUUGAUUGCCGUUGGAUCUUCUUCAAGCCACCAGAACGUCAAGAUGUUUAAGCUGGAUACCGAGAAGAACUUGCUUGGUUACUUGACCAGCUUUACCGCACCAAAUGUCUGCUCUAUAAAGUGGUUGCACAAUGUUCUUGACGAGACAAAUGAUUUAAAAUUGAUGAUUACUGGCCACACUAAUGGCAUUGCUAAUCUCUCUCUUAUUCCAAACGUAAGGUCUACUGACCUGACCCACGUUGACCUCAUCAAGCAGUUCAAUCACCGAAAGCAUACUUCACUAACCGACGUGGGAGACGAAUUUCAAAUUGAGAUAAGCCCGACUUCAUGGAAGUCUUGUCUGACCAAUUCUAUGAUGUCUAUCUACAAAGAGAAUAUUUUUUUCUGGGAUACUUCAAGGUCUUCGAGUCCUCUCUACAAGAAUAAAGCUCGAGGUAUAAAAUCCUUCGCAGCUAGCGAAAAUAACGACGGGUUGGUUGCCUUCGCAGGGUCCUUUGGUGUCAGGCUAUUCGAUAUGAGAUCUGCUACCCAAACAGAGCUCUGUACUUCGACGUAUCUCUCGUACAAGCGCAAUAAAACGCACCUCAUCGAAUGGUCUCCACAAAACCCAUAUCAACUAUGUGCUGCAGGGGAGGACAGCAGUAUCCAGCUGUGGGAUAUAAGAAAAGAGCAGCCACUUGCUACCAUGUAUGGCCAUUCAGGUGCCAUCACGGCCAUUGAAUGGGUCUCGAAAAACAGUAUCUUUACAGGAGCCAAGGACGGGCGUAUUGUCCAUUGGAAUAUGAAAGACGUCGUGUUUCGAGACAGUCCAGUCAAGUGUUCCCUUGGAGGAAAAGAUUACGAAAGCUAUCAGUGUGCUACAUCCAUUGAGUCUUCCAAAACUGGAAUUGUCAGCUUGAACUCGUCGAACGGAAAGCUUAUCAGUCUUGACGACACAACCAAUCCGAUGUGA